AGGGCCCGCCCCUCCCGGCGCUUCUUCCGGGUGGGGCCCCGGGCGGAGGAGAUGGCUCCCUGGUCGCUCCUCAGCCCUGGGGUCCUGGUGCGGAGCGGGCAUACUGUGCUGACCUGGGGGAUCACGCUGGUGCUCUUCCUGCACGAUACCGCACUGCGGCAGUGGGAAGAGCAGGGGGAGCUUCUCCUGCCCCUUACCUUCCUGCUCCUCGUGCUGGGUUCCCUGCUGCUCUACCUGGCCGUGUCGCUCAUGGACCCGGGCUAUGUGAAUGUCCAGCCCCAGCCGCAGGAGGAGGUCAAGGAGGAGCAGACAGCCAUGGUUCCUCAAGCCGUCCCCCUUCGGCGCUGCAGAUACUGCCUGGUGCUGCAGCCCCUGCGGGCCCGGCACUGCCGUGAGUGCCGUCGCUGCGUCCGCCGCUACGACCACCACUGCCCCUGGAUGGAGAACUGCGUGGGGGAGCGCAACCACCCGCUCUUCGUGGCCUACCUGGCGCUGCAGCUGGUGGUGCUUCUGUGGGGCCUGUACCUGGCAUGGGGCUCCCCGGGGCACCCCCGCCCUCCCCCGGCCUUGGUCUCCAUCUCUGUUCCUGCCCUGCAGGUCUGGCCUCCAUUUCUUCCAGCCCUGGGGGCUCUGGCUGCGGUCCAGCGGGCUGCUGUUGGCCACCUUCCUGCUGCUCUCUCUCUUCUCUUUGGUGGCGGGCCUGCUCCUCGCCUCGCACCUCUACCUGGUGGCCAGCAACACCACCACCUGGGAGUUCAUCUCCUCGCACCGCAUCGCCUACCUCCGCCAGCGCCCGGGCAACCCCUUCGACCGCGGCCUGACCCGCAACCUGGCCCACUUCUGCGGAUGGCCCUCAGGGUCCUGGGAGACCCUGUGGGCCGAGGGGGAGGAGGAGGGGGAGGAGGGCAGCAGCCAGGCGGUGUAGGGUUGCCGGAGGCAAGGCCACCAUCUUGUGCCUGAAAACCAGAGGGGCUGCCCCCAGCUGGGGUCGGCAUUCGGAGGGCCUGGGGUUCUUCACUCCCCCCCGCUCCUCCCAGGCCUCAGAGCAGAGCUGAAAUGGCAGAGCUCCUGCCACAAUAGGCAGUCCUGCCCUCUGAAGGAAGGAGAGGAGGCAGAGGACCCGUGGGGGGCUCGGGCACAAGCAGCCUGGGCUUCCGAGACCCCCCCCACCCCAUCCCCCCAAAGCCAGGAUGCCUCCAUUGCACAGUUUUAUAAGUUUAAUCAUCCGUAAAGCAAAUCAAAUAUUAAAAAACCAAACCAAACUC